AUGAAGCCGCUAGCAUUCCUCCUUCUGAUCACGGCAUACACCGGGCUGCUCGUGUCAGCACAGGAAACAUGCUUCAAGGCCUGCACACGGGACUCGGGCAUCAACGAAUGCACCGGCAGCACCCCGCACGACGACCAGGCCUGGACUGCGCUUGAUAUCUCCGUACAGACCUGCUACUGCGACGCAGCUAUAUUAUUUGCAGUCUGUAGCCCGGGCUGUAGCACGUUAGGAUUCUCCGCAGAUGCGUUUGGACGGUCGCUAGGGCAGUGGAGAUACAUAGACGGCGUGUGCAACAGCACAGUGGCCUCCUUCACGGCCACGGCGGUCAUCAGCACAAACACUGAGUUCAACCUCUCCUACACAGUACCCUACAGCGGGAACCUCACCGCCGCUGCAACCCCCACCGCAUCCAGCAACAGCAGUAGUAGCGCCCCCAUCACCACUACACUCUCCACCCCAACUCCCACCUCCACCCCGCUCGCUGACUCCUCAUCACCAUCCCCCUCCUCCCCCAGCACCCGCACAAUCGCCCUAGCCGUCAGUCUCUCCAUCGUCGGUGCAAUCACCAUCUCCGUGGCGCUGUGGCUCCUCUUCCGCCGCCGCCGCCGCAUACAGUUGACGCAGAAUAUAUACGAGACACGCAACGCCAUGGUGAUAGUCGUCGGCCCCGACGGGCUCCCAAUGAGCCCCGACGCGCCGGAGUAUCCGCCGGAGAUGCGGGAUCCCAAUAAUGAGAAUGUGAAGCGGUGGAUUGCGGAGCAGCAGGAGAGGGAGCCGGAUCUGUCGGUGGGGUAUACGCUGUGGACGGACACGGAGCUGGCGCUGACGGAUGCGGGUGAUAUGGAUCGGGAGAGAGAUAGGGAGAGGGAUAGGGAGCGGGAGAUGGAGACGAUUACGGAGUUGGAUGAUGGCGAGGGGAGCCGGAGGGGGGGGAGGGCGUGA